GACACUAGCAAGCCAGUCUCUGGCUGCGCAAAAGGCAGAUUCAUUGGAAUCAGGCACGCUUUGCUGCGGUUUGCGGCUGGCGCGCUGGCGAAUCAACGCGCCUGAGCUGCAGGCCAAAAUUCAAGAACAGGCGCCAGUUAUUUCGACGCACACCUCUCAGGCUCUCCCAAGCCAGCCAACCAUUCGCCUCACUGCGUCGCGGCGCAAAGCUCGGUUUGUAUAGCGCGGGCGCCUGCUGUUGAUUUAUUUGUGCAGCAGCGCCGCGGGAGUAACCAGCAGCCGACCCCACAACGCCCGGAGCGAUGCCGUGGGUCUGCUGCAGCGCGAAAAACGACGUCGCCGACGACAGCAAUCUAAAACCGGCCUCGAGCGACGAGGAUUUGUUGAGGAGCGCGAGCGAGCCGUAUCACGAAGAUGAAAAGACGCCCUUCGUGCCGCUGCGGGGGCGCGUCGUCGAUCGAAGAUUGGAGCAGCGCGGGACGUUGUUGAGGCCGCCUCCCGAAAAGAACGCCGACCACGCCGAGUGCGACCCGUUAAAGGAAGACGAACUGGCCUUCGCGGACGCGAUCAAGGACAAGCUCAGUCCCGAAGGCCGCCAACUCAUCGAGGACGAGGCCGCGUCCCACGCUCUCAUAAGAACCGUAAGAGGCUACUGGACUUAUGAUGAUCGAGAAAAUGAGGCCUGCAAGUCCCUCGAGGCCUUUGUGGAGCUACGAAGGAAGUACGACCUCAAUGAACUCGCCAGAGGAGAUCAAAAGACGAUGCGUGAGGCUCUUAGAUUACUCAGGCAGUGGCGCUCGAUGAGAUUUGCGGGGUUUGAUGUCUAUGGUCAUCCCAUCGUGGUAGAAAGGGUCGGCCAAUCCUUAAAAUUGACAGAUAAAAAGGACAUAGAAAAAGAGGAAAUUAUUAAAGGAAGGGCCGUCUGCACGGAGUUGUUCCAGGCGCUGAAGUACGCCGCCUCGAAGCACCACGACCCGGCAGAUCCCAACAAAACAAAGGUGCUGAAACAUAUCUAUGUGGUCGACAUGAGGAACGUCAGGACGUGGCACGUCACGUCGAGGUGUCGAGACCGCUUCCGGAGCAUCAUGCAGACCAUGGAGUUAUCUUAUCCCGAGGUCGCGUGGCGGACGUACGUCGUCAAUGCGCCAAAGUACCUUACAAUCAUCUGGGUCGUCAUCAAGUCCUGGCUCGACCCCGUGACGACGUCGCGCGUGGCUAUUCUGGGUACGGACCAGAAGAAAGUUCGUGAAAGGUUGCUGGCUGAUAAUAUACCGCUCGACGCGAUUCCCGCGUGUUGUGGGGGGGAGUCGCGGGACGUGCCCCUGUCCUUGCUGCUCGGGUCGCACGACUCGUCGACGGUGUCGCACCUGUCGGAGCUGAUCACGCCUUUGAAUGGAACGUCGCCAAAGGAGGUCGUGGUGGCUUCGGAGGUCGUCGAGAAGGCGCCGGUGGCGGAGGAGCCGACGACGUCGCCGCGGCUCAAGGCCAUCGCGCUGGCCGUCGUCGCGGCGGGCGCGGUCGGCGGCGCAACCAUGCUGGGCGCCUAGUAUUAAACUGUGUAGUGAGUGA